AUGGGUGAACUGUAUUACAAGGAUGAAGAACUGGGCCCUGUGGAUCACCUAUCAGGUGAUGAAAAUAUGAACAUCUUCAUGAGAAAAAAACACAACAUGAACAAAAACAGAGAGCUGCAAUGUCCAAGAGCUCCCAGGUCACAUUGGCUGCUGAGCCAAACUGGCUUCAUCAGCAGCCCCGUGAGCAUGGUGAAGAGUGAAGGCCCCAAACUGGUGCCCUUCUUUAAAGCCACUUGCGUCUAUUUUGUCCUCUGGCUGCCAACUUCCAGCCCCUCCUGGUUCAGUGCCCUCAUCAAAUGUCUGCCCAUCUUCUGCCUGUGGGUUUUCCUUCUGGCUCAUGGAAUUAACUUCUUAGUGUCACACCAGAGCGCCAGCCGCAUCCUAGCAGGACUCAUAUUCUCAGCAGUGGGAGACGCCUUUCUCAUCUGGCAGGAGCAGGGCUACUUCAUUCAUGGUCUGCUGAUGUUCGCCAUUACACACAUCCUGUACUCUUCAGCCUUUGGCAUGAAGCCUAUGGACCUCAAAGCCGGCUUAUUGAUGGGCCUUGUUUGCAGUUCCUGUUAUGCCUUCCUGUACUCCUACCUCUCAGGCCCAUUCACCUACCUGGUAGCUGUCUACAUCGCCUUGAUUGGCUUCAUGGGUUGGCGAGCGGUCGCCGGCAUGCAGCUGUGCAACGACCUCUGGACAUGGACCAAGCUCUCGGCCUGCAUCGGCGCGAUGCUGUUCAUGGUGUCGGAUCUGACCAUUGCACUUAACAAGUUCUGCUUUCCUGUGCCCUACUCGCGCUUCAUCAUCAUGGCUACUUACUAUGCAGCCCAAAUGCUUAUUGCACUGUCAGCUGUAGAGAGCAGAGAUGAAGAGGACUUCAGAAAGAGGAGCUAGGUGGAGUGCCAAUAGUCUGUGAACGACGUGGGUUAUAUCUCAGGUGCU